UGUUCUUGCCUGCAAUUCACAGGCACGUCUCUGGUGUCAGUGUCAGCCUGCGGGUGGCUCGGGCUCGGACUGGACCGGGCAUGAUGGUGCGGUCUGCGGUGCUGCUGCUUGGACUCGUCGUGUCGUGCCGAGCACAGUUCGCUCCACCCACACUGAAUAUCAGUCUGGAUGAAGACCCAGAAGUGCGAUGGAUGCCUCUAACUAAAGUCUUUGACGUAGACUACCUGAAAAAAGCCGCUGCUGAGGUCAUUGACUCUACAGUUCCAAAAUGGGUGCAUCAUGCAGUUACACCUAUUGUGAAGGCCUUGGAAAAGUACGUUCCUCAGCCUUAUGCGGGGGAGAUCCGUGGCAUGGCUUCACACUUGGGAGGAAGCAUUUCAGAUGUCAUCAUUCUCAACUUUGCCUAUGAAAUAUCUGCGUUUUGCACAAGCAUCGUAGCUCAGGACAAAAAUGGGCAUGUGUACCACGGCAGGAAUCUUGAUUAUCCACAUCCUGUUCUGAGGAAUAUGACUAUCAACGUAAAUUUCCUCAAGAAUGGAAAGGUGGCGUACAGUGGAACUUCAUUUGCUGGCUACGUUGGCCUGUGGACGGGACAGAGUCCUAACAAGUUUACUGUCUCUGGCGACCAGCGAGGCAGUGAACACUGGUGGAACUGGUGGAAGAAUGUGGUGUCUGCUUUUCUUUUUCGGAGAUCCCCAGUCAGCUGGCUGGUGAGGGAGAUACUGGAGGAAGCAGAGAACUUUCAAGAUGCAGUGAUGCGUCUCUCCAAGAUACCCAUCAUCACUGGGGUGUAUUACAUUGUGGGCGGGGUGCGAGCAGGGGAAGGGGCUGUCAUCACCAGAGACCGAGUGGGCCCCGCUGAUAUCUGGCCACUGGAUCCUGUAAAUGGAGGAUGGUACAGAGUGGAGACCAACUUUGACCACUGGCUUCCUCCCCCAGCCUGGGAUCAUCGAAGAGACGCAGCCAACAAAGCACUAAAUGCUACUGGCCAAGAUCACAUCAACAUGGAGACAUUGUAUCAGGUUCUGUCACAGUUUCCAGUAUGUAAUGGAGGUACUAUUUACACAACAAUAAUGAGUGCUGCAGCCCCCGAGAAGUACAAUACACUUGUCAGACCACAGGGCUGCCAACCGAAGUGACGGGCCUUGAGCAGUCAACAAUGCACGGAUUUUUGCUGCAGAACGUCUUUGCGUGGUUGCAUGGUUAUUGAUUCAUGCAGAUUUAUGAUCAUGUGGAGAUUAUAUAAUCAAUAAGAUUAGAAGGAAAUUGGACUCAAGCAGUUUUAAGGUGACAGUGUUUUUCUGCCUCUACUAAAAGAAAAUGUGUUAGGAUCAUUUUUGUCAACUUAUGUACCUGCAAUGUAUAUGUCAAGCUUAACAAAAUGUUGGCUACUUUAA